AAACGACAUAGUGGAAGCCAAAAAAGCACUGAAAAACCCUAAAGCACCUCUCUUCAUUUUUGUACCCGUCGUACUUUUAGUUUUAGACGCUUCAAUUCUCCAGAGGACCAAACCUUAACCCAAACCUAGGGCAAUUAUUGGGAUGGCGACAGCCGGUGCGACUGCGAAGAGGAAGCCAGUGUUCGUACAGGUUGAUCAGCUGAAGCCAGGCACCAGUGGCCACACGCUCACCCUGAAGGUGGUCUCAUCGAAGCCUGUGCCGGUCAACAAGCCACGUGGCUCUAGAUCAUUGUCUGCUCUUUCUCAGCCUUCUCGACCCCCUCGCAUCGCUGAGUGUCUAGUCGGCGAUGAGACUGGUUCCAUCUACUUCACGGCCCGCAACGACCAAGUUGACAUUAUGACACCGGGUGCCACAGUGAUUCUGCGAAAUGCCAAGAUCGACAUGUUCAAGGGAUCAAUGAGGCUUGCAGUUGACAAAUGGGGACGUAUUGAAGUCACUGAACCUGCUACCUUUGAGGUUAAAGAGAAUAACAAUCUCUCCUUGGUUGAAUAUGAGCUAGUUAAUGUUGAGUGAUUGGUAUUGUUUGGAAGUGAAUAUUUUUAGGUUAGCAUUACUGAAGGUUUGAUUUUUGUUCCCCUGUCAAAACUGUUAACUGGGGUUCAGUUUUCUAUGAAUGUGGUACAAAGAUCUUGCUGAAGAUGUUUUUUCAGCCUUGAUAUUGAUAUGAUAAACGCAAGUAAUUUAAGUGUCAGAUUGGGAAUUA